AUGCAUUUCAUAUAUCUUAUCAUCUGCUUUAGCACACAUGUAUAAAAUUUACCUCAAUGUUUUGGUAUAAACUAGUUACCAAUUGAAGUAGACGAUGGAAAUACUACGAAUUCAAAAUUUACUGCAAUGGCAUAUGAAGAUUAAAUUGAUUACUUUGCAAUAGGAGGAGUCUAUGGAAAUCAUAUGAUAACUGGUCUCUAUGUAGCAUGA